AAUCAGGUUACCGACGUAUCGGGUCUCUGUGUAUCAAAACGAUGGGGGAAUUAUGUCACAUGUUUAUAUGUGUUUAUUAAGAUGCUGUAUUUAGGAAACGUUGUAUUACAAGUUUUUAUUUUAAACAGUUUUCUGGGUACUGAUAACUUGUUUUAUGGCUUCCACAUUUUAAAAGAUCUCCUUAACGGUCGAGAAUGGGAAGUCAGCGGCAAUUUCCCCCGCGUGACAAUGUGCGACUUUGAGGUACGUGUUCUGGGAAAUGUACAUCAUCACACUGUACAAUGUGUGCUCAUGAUUAAUAUGUUCAACGAAAAGAUAUUUCUAUUUUUAUGGUUUUGGUAUUUCAUGGUGUCAAUAGUUUCAAUCACCUCUAUGUUGCAUUGGAUACUCAUUUCAUUUCUACCCGGGCAGGUGAGGAAACUACUUGAUAGAGGGCAUCUCUGCAUUAUUAUCCAAAUUCAUUCAUUCGCAAAUAUUUACGCGCUACAGACCUUGCAACUGACCGACAGUCAGUUAAAAACUCACCAAUCUACUAAUCUCCAUAAGCUUUGUCAGGUCUUUUGUAUGCGAAUGAUAUCAGCUCACGCCGGCGACAUAAUGGCUACCGAGCUGAUUGUUGCUCUUUGGCACAACUUCAACGAUCGGGUUCGAAAGAGUCCAAUCGAGAUGUUUGAAGGCGGCGUUACCCAGUCACCUAGCAAGCUAGACGCUAACUUCAAGACGUGGUUGCUCGGCCAGACUAGAGCGAAGCCGCCCUUUGACGGCUCGAAUCCAACACGCGGCAAGAAAAGACGCAAAUCCGAUGGCUACUUCACGUUCGUGUGA